CUGUUGGCCUAUUUCAGUUUAAAUAUUGUAGUUAUUGGGUGGUAGUGUUGUUUUUGGUAGUAAUUUUGUUGCAUUGUUGUUGUUGUCUUGUACUGUAUUCUGAGGUUUUAUCGCAGUUGUUUUGUAAGUAGCUGUCAUUUCGUUGUGGUCACUUGGUUGAGUUGUACCUGAAAAAUGUCACUUGUGCAAGUUUGAACUACUGUCUUUUUUAUCGGACUGUUCCACGAGGCCUGUUCGUCGAGAAAUCUUCUCAACGCUUAAUCGUCCGUUUACGGAUCAUCUUGAAUCAUGUAGUUUAUUCCUAAAAAGCAUAUUGCAGGUUUUAGUAAUUUCACAUUUCUCUUUUUCAUACCAAAAACUGCAUAAAAAUUUAAAUAGCUCUCUGGUUAAUUUGUACAAAAAACUUUUUGUUUUAAAGACAAUUGCGUUCCAUUUUUGCCCAGCAUUUAAUUACUAGGUGCAAAAGUUGAUCAUUAAAAUUACAGGAUCGUGACGCAAAAUGCAUAAGACCAGAAAGACCAGCAGCGCGCUCAUCGCUAGUCAUCCCAUAAAGGACUUGGGCGUCAAGGAGGAAGAUGUGGCGAAGAUAUUCUUCCUGAGCUGCCAGCCCGUGCAUGCCGAACACAGAGAUGACAACAGUUGCGCCAUGUGCAGGCUGCUUGAAAAGUUCAAGGAGUCUUUGGAAAAGGAGAGCAUGCAGCCUUUGAUGCGGGAGUUGAAAGUGAAGACGUUACGGAUGUGCAGCCUCGAUGUGCCCCUCUUGGAGAUGCCAACUCUUGAGAGCAAUUUCGCGGACCUGGACGAUGCGAUCUCCGUUCAAGACGAAGAGCUCUUGACUUUCACGGAGGUGUUGCAGGUGGUGGGCUACCCAGUCCCAGCGCUGCUGCAAGAAAAAUUAGAAGCAGUGCUCAGUCAGAAACGUAUCCCUGCUCGCCAUACAAGAAGAUCAUCUGCUGGCAAUGAAAAUCAAUUCCUUUCCUACACAUUCAACAAAAACAUCGGCAAAAUAUGCGAGUCGUUGUCUGCAGAGGAAGUUUAUGCGUUGAGGAAAUUCAUCACACAGCAGGGCGAAACACACGAGGACAUGAAAGAGAUGGCCGAGGCGGUGUCAGUUAUCAAAAGUGUGGCAAGUUUGCAGGCGUCAAAAGCCAUGAAAGAUGCAGCCUUCUACUACAUGAUUCUUUUCAUGUUCAAAAGUGGAAACCUUACCAGCCUCUACACCCACCAACUUGAGAGUUACUUGGAAGCAGCAAGAUCGUUGCUAGAUAAAACGAAGCCUCGUGACACAGAGCACAUCACCAAAGCCAUCGGCCAACUCAAAAGAUAUCAAAUCACCAACAAGCCUCCUGGAGUCUGUAUGAUAUUCGCUAUGCUCGAAGGUCGUGAAGACGGCAGCAAGACAGACGUGGCUGACGUGAAGGCUCUCUUCGAAACUGAGUUCAAUUACGAUGUGUUGAUCAAAAUAAAUCCAUCGGUAAAAGAUGUCAAGUCACUCAUCGCAAAACUAGGGGAAUCACGAAACAUGUUCUACGACAGUCUGGUGGUGUGGUUCAUGGCUCACGGCGACAAGACUCACCUCUUUGUCAAAGACGGGCAGAUCCAUCGGCGUACCGAUCUUAUCCAGCCUUUCGUGGACAUAGAUUGGCUCAAGACUAAACCUAAGCUUUUCUUCAUCCAGGCAUGCGCGAAUAGACGCCCUAGGUCAUAUGCACAAGACAGCAGAGGAAUGCGGACAAGCACAGAUGCAGUGGCACUCGGCAUCGAUGCAGGAGAUGAGUGGAAGAAGAAGUAUUUGCCACACGCUGACUUCACCAGCGUAAACAACUUCGCCGACACGCUGGUCUGCUAUGCCACCAUGUGGUACCAGCCUGCUGCACGCAACGAAGAAGGAUCGAUGUUCAUCCAAACGCUGCUUGACGCGCUGAGGCGCAAGGGCACCGACACGUGCAUAGAGAACGUACUGCGCGAGACGACAUACCGUAUGAACUCCAUCGUGUUGCGCGACGACUCAGACAGAACAUGGAGACAGACGCCAUACUACGAGUCAUCUCUGCAGAAGGAGUUCGUCUUUCCCAAAGAGAAUUAGAAGUAGAAGAGCUUAUACUAGCGAAAAUAUCUAUGAAAAGGAAGAAGCUCUAAGACCGAAGCUCUACCUCAGACUGAAAAUAUAUUUGGAAACAGUGAUGCUGGAACGUUUGAUAAGGAAACAUUACGAAUUUGAAACUGCAAUUGAUAAAUAUGAAGUCAGACGCCAAUCGUCUGAGCAGUGCAUUGCGCUCUAGUCUUUCAGUUAUAUGCUGAAAAUCAUCGUUAUAAACUAUUUGCCUGAUUUUUCUCUUUUCGAUUGAAAAUUGUAUCCUGUGCUAAUUUUUCUCCGUUUGUUGUGCUGUAGCGGCAGGCAGUACUAGAUUGUUAUACAUCAUAUUGUCACGGAACAGUUGUGAAAACGCUCGAGUAUUUUAUAAUCAUGUUAUGCGAGUAAUAAGCUUUUAAUAUAUAAGCACCUGAAACAGUUUUCACGAAAUUUCUAAAAUUAUAUGAUUUUAAAUAGAUUCUUCAUGAGUUUUCUCUAUAUACGUAGAAUGCUAUUAUUUUGUUCAUUUUGAUUGAUGAAUUAGCGGUGAACUAAUUAAUCAAUUUUGUAGGCUAAAAAAGUUAAGUUAUUUAAUAGACGUUAUAAACAAG